UAUAUUUAUCCUGCAUAAUUGAUCCCUGAUUCACAAACAUCCCAUUUCAAGAAAUAAUAAUGAUAAAAAAAAUCAUUUUAACCUUGCACUGAGCCAGGAUAAACUGAGCUGAGUAAGCUCAAGACAACCGAGCGCAUGGGAACACUUCGAGCCCUCAUCUUUUAAAUAUCACCAAAUAAAAAGCAGACAGCAUGACGGAGGGAAAAAACCCUAAAGAUUAAAGGUAUGUAGUAGUGCUUAAAUGGCCUUUAAACUUUCAGUUUCUAGUGUAUCGGCGUUAUUCGAUUCAGUCAUCAGCCUCCUACAGUUGUCAACUGAUCAAGGAGGAAGCAGGGCUAGAAAACACGUAAGAUGGCGGGCACUAGUUCACAAGAUAAAUUGAUCAAGACACCAAGCGACUGUGAGAAGCGAGAGACGAGAAUAACAAAAGAAAACUUAUACAUGGUAUUAGCCCUGUGGAUGGAAAAAUUUCCUUUGCAGUUCUCGAAAGAGCAGUCAUAUAAAAGUAACAGCAACUCAAAGAAAUUCAAGAAAAUUGGAGUGGUGUUUGUUUUGCCAACCGAUCGAGUAUUGGCUGCCGAUUGCAGUCGCGAUGGCGUCCAUGGAGUCGCUCGUGUCAUGGUCAACCAUUGUGGCAAACUUGAGGGUUGUAAAGUCUUCGUUUCUCGGAAACCUUGCUCCCUUUGUGCUAAGCUUCUUGUACAGUCCAGAGUAUCUCGUGUGUUUUACCUGCCGAUAGAACCGGAAUCAGAAGACGAAGGAGAGCUGGCGAGGGCAGAUAAUCUCUUCAAAGUCAGCCCGGUAGGUCAGUCGGUUUUCGUUCCUUGCGUUGAAGAAAGGGUUUUGACGAAAGACGAGAAGAGGCUCCCAGUAGCAAUUACACCACAUGAUGUUCGCAUUUGCCAAGACGAGCUUUUCGGAGAAUGGUGGAACACCGAAUGGAUCGAACGUGCUCAAAAAUGUCUUCCCUGGCCAUGCCUGGAUAUCAGGAUGAAAUCUCAAGUCCAAAGUGAUUUUAAAUCCCUGAUGAAAUGGAUCGCCGUUGCCAAGGCGCCAAUGGACAAGAAUAUUGUAUUCAGGCGGGUGAACAUUACAGAGGAUUUUGAUGCGAUAAGCGAUGAUUGCGAUGCCAACGACUACCCCGACUUCAAGAUGGCUUACCACAUGAUGAUUUUUGCCAAGAUGCUCGCUCGCCAGACUGAUGAUCCUAAGACUGGUGUUGGAGCUGUCAUCUUGAAGGGUAAAGAUCCGGUGGAGAUUGCAACUCUUGGCUGGAAUGGCUUUCCAUCCAAGGCGUUGUAUGGUGAAUUUCCACGAGCCUCUGACGCUGAUGCCGCGCUGGAGACAAAGUUCCCUUAUGUCAUCCACGCCGAACAAAACGCUCUCCUGGUGCGGAACACCAAGGAUUUGACAGAUGGUGUCUUGUUUGUCACAAAACCUCCCUGCGAUGAAUGCGCACCUUUGAUCAAGCUCAGUAGCAUAAAGACUGUUGUGCUCGGAGAGACGAUAAAGAGAAGUCCAAGAGGGGAACUGUCUUACGACUUGAUCAGAGAAUACAUCCGAGAAGGGAUUGUAACCUGCUACCAAAUGGAGAUCCAGAAGACGCAGGCAAAGCGUUCUGCGUCUGACCCGGAAAUAAGGAAGAAAAUGAAGUCGAGUUAAGUAUUAUGGUGUGAAGUUCGCAAUCGGAUGAACAUCUGCGCCUAGCAUUCAUCUACAAGAGAUCUUGAAACGAUAAAUCGUCAUUGUAAAUACUUUUUAACGUCACCCUUGAAUAUUUUAUUUUUAGACGGAAGGCCACAAGUUUGCUAGCGUUUUCUCAUGGUUUAGUUUUGCUCUCUCUAAAUAAUUUUUACUUACUCGAGUAUUAAAUUUUUGCGUUUAAAAUGAUAAUCAUUAUUUACCUUGACUUGUAGCUAGACGUAGACACUGACCAGCUGGUAAUUCGGUCGGGGUGAUGCCUUUCGUAUUUUGCAAGUAAAGACACUAGAUACAAUCAAUCUUUAUAAAGAAUGUACAGUAUAUGCAUGCUUCUUAGAACUUUUCUCUGGGGUAAAUCGAGCCAGAGUUUUGUACAGAAAAGACACCAUUUAAAGCGUUUAAAGUGGUACUAUGACGAAAAUCGCAUCUUUCCUAUCUAAGCCAUUUUAAAACAUAAACAAGUCGUCUGUAU